GUCAAUUUUCCCACGGCAAGAGAAUCGAAGCAUAAUUUCCCACGGACCCAUGGCCGUCGCGAGAGAGCUACAUGUUGACAAGUUUGGACCCAUCUUUCUCCGCUUUCUGGGCACGAUUCGACUCGAUAUUAACAAUACACAAAGCUCGGAGAUAGACCUAUUCAUCUCUGCUAAUAUUAAAGGACUUUGACCGAUUUACGCUCAACAAUUUCGUUUGAAUUCGGCUUCAUUUUAAACAGUGUUAAAAUCCGUGUGCUUCUGAUACUAAAAGACAAUACACUCUCAAUAUGGAAGGCUUUUAGCGACCAUUUUGCUUUCAUAAAGGUAGGCUAUGUGUUUUAACAGCAAGGACACGUAUAUAUCUAUAUAUAACAGGGGAAUCGGACCGUUUUGGGGUAGUAUAGACGCUUGUUUAUAAUUCAACCGAGCUCGGCUUUUUAUACCGUUGACUUGUACUUGUAGUUUAUAAUAGCAAAUUUAGGCCCCCCUGUCGUGCGACAAAAGAUGGCCAACAGACAACUGAGCUAUUUUCCUCUUUGUCUUUACAUUCUAGUUCGACUUGGAAUUGUUUUUUAAAGAAAUAAUAUAAAUAAAGCCUCGUGUACGAACGUAUUGUUAAUGGCCAACCAACACGAACAGCGCUUUCAGAAUCAAAUCGCGAUGUACGAAUACCCAUCGUCGCUUGCCACAUUGAGGCAUCACCCAAAUUUCGAAAAUGAAUUCGCGGCAGAGUUUCCUAAAAGAGCAAGGCUAGAGUGGACUGGCCCUGGUGCUAACUCGGGCACAUAUGCUGUAUUGAACCAUGUAAACUAUCGUGUGCCCAGUUCACAUUACGUUGAAAAUCAACUAGCACAUCGCGUCGCGAGUACAACCGCGUUCCCCACGUCGAAUGAAAGUACUUUUGUGGGUAAGUCGAAAUCACUGAUUUCCCUUCUUUUUCAAUGUUAAGAGCCCUUUAGGGAGAGAGGUUUAGAGCUUUACCUCGUUUAAGCUGUAGAUCGGGCAAUUAUAGCCUCAAAUUAGCUUUAUUGUAUGGGGAAACUCUAGUUUAGUGUAGAUUGUAAUAUGUUGUUUUAUACAACAGCGGCUGUUACAUGUAAAUAAUACAAUAAUAUAUAGCUCUACUGUACUUAGACCCAUUCUUUUAGAUAUGAAAGUCCUUAAGAAUAAACCUUUACAGCAAUUUUUACUAGCUUUACAAUAUUAUAGCAAUAGCUUUAUAAUAGUAUAAAAUUGCGCUUGACUGUAUUUUUACACAUGGUUUUUGAAUACAAUAAUCCUUUUAAAAUGAACCAUCCCUGUAUUCUAGAAAGUACGGCAAUUUUGGCCUGUAUACAAUUUAAAAAGCUUAAUUUGUUCGGUUAGAGUUUAGAGACGUUCUCAGUUAUAUAAUACAAUUAUAAUCUUUACUUAAUAUACAUAAUUUUUUACGCCAAUUCUCUCGUUAACAUAUGCAAGAAUAACUUCAAAUUUCAAAUAGAUAAUUCUAUUAGCAAACUACAGUAUUUUAAAUACAGCUUUAGAUUAGUACUAACUUUAUAGUAUCGCUUUACUUUGUAACACAAAUUUUUAUUCUAGAAUUCUUCCGUUUUACUCAAACCAAGUUCAAAUUUCAAACCUUCUAGAAUAUUAUUCUAAAACCAGCAAUUGCAAAUUAUAUAGUGUAUAUUACUGUAAAAGACCCUGGUCUUUUUUAAAAACUAAAUGUACAAAAUUUACAGUUGUUUGUUCAAACCCUGUACGGAAUUCCAAGGUGUAUUUGCGAUUUCCCACGUAAAAUUACAUAUUAAUAGUGGCUUUUGAAACAUUUUAUAGUAUGAAAAUAAUUCGAAUUCAAUUGCGAAUUGAAAGUGUAACAAUUAGCGGAAUUCCGAGCGUUGUAUCAAAUUAUUAUAAAAAGAACAAUGUAUUUGUUUUUUAAUAUUUCUAAACGUGUGAAAAUUUUACACUUAAUAUGGCCCCAAGCAAAACGAUGCCGAUCACACGCUCACAAUAUAACGACACAAAUACUUCAGUAUUGUCUGGAUAUUCGCUUCUGUAUAAGAUUUUCCGAAGGGCGCGUUUCUUAGUCGGCAAUUCCUUUGGCAUUAUGUAUACAUAUUUAUAUAAUACACGCCUCUUAGAUACUGUAGAAUUAUAAUUUCCGAGUUUUGUUUCUGAUUUAUAGACAUAAAUUUGGCCUGACUGAAUUUUAAUAGAACUCAUUUCAUACGUGUAUUAUUUAUAGAGAGAUACAUCCGUUUUUAAUGUGAAAGACAAUAUAAUUAUUCAAUAUAUAGACUUAUUAAUGAUAAUAGGAUUGUAUAGAUUAAUAUUCUUUUCUGUUUUGAUAGUAUAAACGUAAUCACAAAUUAUUAAUAAUGUGUUAUUAUGUCUAUAUAUAUACAAGUGAGACAUUAGACUAGUUUUUUCUUUAUAAUAUUUUUGUUUUGAGUAUCUUAGGAACAAACUAAAGUAUUUUUGUGGUUUCAGGAUAAUAAUAUAUUUUAGAAAUCAGUUUCAAUACCAGAUAAUGGAGAAAAACUAAGCAGUUUUAUUUAACCCUUUAAAUGGCAAUGCACCCAGAUAUGCCCUACCUUACUGUUUUACUCUGUCUAAUGCCGUACAGUUUUACUCUGUCUAACACCAGAUGAUUUUACUUGUCAAGGAAGAGUGCUGGCAUUAAAUGGGUUCUGUACUUUUGUAUUUUACUCAGUCUAACAUCAGAUAGUUUUAGUUGUCAAGAGAAAGAGUUGGGCGUUACAUGUUAUGGGUUAAGUAAUGAAUAAGUCAAUAAAACUGCCUGUCAAAUUGAGCAAAUGUUUCCUUGAGAAAAACACAAAAUUCAAAUACACAAAUGUAAAAAUUUGGUUUUGACAAAACAUAAAAAAGACUCCUAGGUGUUAGCCAUAAGCCUUGUUUUGAUACAAGUCUUAACACACUCCUCUUGGACAGGGGCCAUAAAAAUUUUCACACAGUAUCAGACUUUCACAUCUUCCUUAAAGCUUCCUUCUUUUGUUGUGUCAACUUAAACCACUUCAAGGCCAUCACUUCCCAUCAACACUCCCUACUAGAACUCCAGGAAGAAUAAUUUAGAACUGAUAGAGCUAUCCAAUAUAGAUAUGAUUAGUUUAGGUUAGGUUUCCUCCUGUAAUGAUACUGGACCAAUGUAAAGAGAUUGCUUUAUAAGACCCUAGAGAUAUCAGUUUAGACAUAAUUAAUAGAAUCAAGUUCCACCUUGAGAAAAACAGAAGGAGAGAAGCCCUUACAAAAACUGUCUUUGCCAUGAGUGUAGUUAAGUUAGUGCCAAUCAAAUGAACAAGCUUUCGUUGGAAGGGAUGCAACUACCUGAAAAUAUAUAAGGAGAAUUUUGACGUUUCGAGCGAAAGCCCUUCAUUGUAACUCCAGACGAAGGGCCUUCGCUCAAAACACAGAAACUUUCCAUAUAUAUUUUCAUGUAGUUGCAUCGCUACCAAGGAAAGCUUGUUCCUUACAAAAAGUCUUUUGGCCAACCUAUAGGUUCCUGAUAUUUGCUGUGUUGGUAUAGGAAACCUAUAAGUAUCCUACAGGAAACCUAUAAGUUUUUGUAGGCAAUUGGAACAGGGUGACCUAUAGGGAUGCCUAUAAGCCUAUAGAACAUUUCCUAUAGACUGUACUGGUAGGCCACCUACAGUAUAGACUUUUUUCAUAAGGAAGAUUCAAUCAUAAUAUUUCAAAUAUCACUAUUGAAUAUUUCAAAUAUCACUAUUGAAUACUUCUCUUCUUUUUCUCAAAUAUUGAGUUUCAAGAUGCAACUUCUAUUCAGUGAAUUUGUUCCUGACGACUUUAUCUCAUGAAGUAAUUGACCUGAGCAAUGGAUUUUUCAUCCUAUAUAAUUACACAGUCUUUUUCCCAACAGACAUACAUGUAUGCAAUCUUUCUCCUUCAUAUAUUCUGCCGACUGGCAGACCAACCAACCGAUCGACUGAUUGACCAACCAACUGACUCACUAACCGACUAAUCAACCUCAUUCCCGACUAUUCAUUUUAUUCCUGACCAAUUCACUAAUGGUUCUAUUAGAAUACUCUAUCCAGUUUAAUAAUCGAGGUCAUUGAUUGAAACAUUUCUUUACAGCGCACGCUCCAUUUUAUUCGCCCAAAAACCGAACAAGUAUCCAGUACCCGUUUGCAUCAAACACCCCUCACGAUCCAUCUAUUAACCGAACUCUCCCUAUCAGUCCUGCUCCCUCGCCUCCACCAGAAGAGCCUGUUGACAGGUAAUACAUGAAGUGCCAAAGUACUUUGUAUAAAUCUAUAUAACACUAAUAGUAGGAUCAAUAAGAGAUGAUCCUUACUGGACCUCCAGGAAGAACAGUUUAGAACUGGUAGAACUAUCCAGUAUAAAUAAAGUUAGUUUAGUUUAGGUUUCCUCCUGUAGUAACACUGGAUCAAUAGAGAUUACCCCAAUGGACUUCUAGGGAGAACUGUUAGAACUGAUAGAGCUAUCCAGUAUAAAUAAAGUUAGCCGUUUAGUUUAGGUUUCCUCCUGUAAUAACACUAGAUCAAUAAGAGACGACCCUUACAAAGCCUCUAGAACGAGCGAUUUACUCUGUUAGUUUAGACAGAAGUAAUUAAACUAUCCAGAAUAAAUUACAUUAGUUUUUAUCCUGAAUGUAUUGUACGUCAUGUAUAUAUAUAGUGCGAUAGAAAAACCCACUGGACGUCGACUGACACAAGAGGCGAUGCGCAAAUAUCUACGGGAUCUGGCAAAUAACGAACUUUUAAACCAAACUGUGAUCAUUCUUCAUGCAAAGGUCGCGCAAAAGUCGUAUGGAAAUGAAAAGAGGUAGGAAAGAAAGCGCUUCGCAGAGCAAAAAAAUUUUGACUAACAAAGCAAAGGCCGCUGGUUCGACUCUCAUCGCGGUCAAGGAAUAUUAGGGUGUUUUCCAUUAAGGCCAGAACGGUCAAAUUGUUGAAUGGAACACAAAACAUUUGGGCUUCAGACCUAUCUGACCAGAAAAUUUAGAUAACAUUAGAAUGAGGUCCAUUUUCGCUAGAUAUUUGAGAAACGUAGACCACAUCUUUCCAUUGAUACAUCAGGCCAUUAAAUGGAAAUAACUAAGCAACCAACGUUUUACUAUAAAGGCUGAUUUCCACUGUUUUUCAUACGUACGUAUACGCACGUAAAACUUUAAAUCCGUUUAAAUGUUACUCAUGAAAUAACCAAAUAAAUAAAGCAACAGAAUUUAGUGUUCCGCAAGUUUUAGUAUGCGUUUGUUAACUUAUUUGUAAAAUAUUUAAAAAAUAGAAGGAUUCAAAGUUUUACGUGCGUGUACCAUAGAUAUCGUACAUACACUAGAUAGCGCAUCUCUUGUAGUAAAAUUGAAGCCAAUAAUAUUCCAGCGGUUACCCCCAUUUGAAUAGAUGGCGGCCAUGUUGGUCGUUCCCACUUGCUAAUAAACGCUUAAAAACAACAAUAACUUUCAUCAUUUGUAUAGUUUAAAAGCGUAUUUGGAAUAGGGUUAACUUAAUGUUUAAGUUCCCUGUUUAAUAAAUAGAAAGCAUACGAAUCUUCUCAUUUCAUGGGAACGAACUGAGACUGCAAUCACGGCUUCAAUUUUUGAAUUGCAGAAUAAUUAGAUGCAUACGAAAAACGGCAACAGUGGAAAUCAGCCGGUUUUCAUUAGGCGAAAUUUUGCGCGCGGAGCGGAACUGUUUCUUUGUCUUGUGAUUUCUCGAGUGGAACUAAUUAGAAAAGACAAAGAAAGAUUCCGUUCCGUGCGCAAAAUUCCGCCUAGUGGAUCAAAUUCAAAAGAUUUCUGUUUAGUUCCAUCUGAGUGCUUGUAAGACAAAAGAAAAUUUCGAUUCGGGCGAAAAAUUUCGCCUGGUGGAAAACCGCCUUAAAGCUCCCUAUUUUCAUCUGGCCCGUUGUGGUCACACAUUCGGAGAGCAUCUUCUUAAAUAAAAAAAUCCAAUUUAGGUUCUUCUGUCCCCCGCCUUGCGUGUACUUGGUCGGCCAGGGAUGGAAUUGUCGAAAGAGUUACAGCACAACUACGAAAGAACGAGAUAAAGACUCGGAGACUGUCGCAUUCAUUGGUAUUUCCAGUGGAAAUCAUGGAGAACACGAAUAUCAGCAGUUGUCAAUGGAAGACCGCUUAGUAGAUAAG